AUGGCUACCGCAAUCUCGGACGGCAGCUAUCUAUACAUUCAAGGAGGAUUCACAUCGGUCGCAACCCUCAGGACUGCGGUGCCACAGUUCUUUGCCCUGGAUCUUGCAGUCGAAACCUGGUCAACUUCAACUCCACCGUGGACAUGGCCUUUAAAUGUUGGAGAUGUGACGCCUCCUGCGUCCAAUGGGCACUCGAUGGCACUAUCAAAGGAUCGUGGAAACCUCUUUAUCUGGGACCCUUUCCAGCCAGCCGCAUGGUGGACCUACAACAUCGGAGCACGAUACUGGAGUAGUUACAACAUCCCCCUUAACGUCACUAUACAGUCCGGCAUCCGGAACGGAGUCGAUAUGAGUACAGGAAACGUCUUUAUCCCAGGAGGAGCCGACAAUGGAACACAGAUGAUCAUGAACACCCCCGGAAGUUCUGCGGUCCCUCUAACGCCCAUGCCGACGACCAUUUUACCAGGGCCUGUUGUUCAUGCGUCGUUUGUCUGGUCGACCUAUCGGAACUCGUUCCUGCAUUACGGCGGGCAGUCGAUCGCCGGCAACAUUGCCAACCCAAAUCUUAUCGAGUUCAUUCCCACGACAGGAUGGCAGGCUCUGGUAUCAUACGGCGGGACGAAAAUGAUUGUUUUCGGAGGCGCAGGACUGAAUGGGGUCACUAAUGCCGAUAUUCAUAUUCUCGAUUUGCCGACACGCGAAUGGACUCUCGGAAUGUCUGCUAAUGCUACCCAGGCUCGGCGCAAUAUGGCAUGCGCAACUUCUGGAGACAGCUUUAUUGCCUGGGGAGGUGAAAGUACUCUCGCGAUCAAAGAUGUCACGCCGAUUGUCUAUGAUAUGAGGAACAACCAAUGGACAACCCAGUUCAGACGCAACACCACAUUACCAGUGCCCGCAGGGCCAUACACGCCCAUCAGCACCGUAACUCCACCGACCUCACCUAAGUCAACAACAAACAUCGCCGCAAUAGUAGGUGGAGUCGCGGCAGUACUAAUCGCUGCCAUCGUUGGAUUCUUCCUAUACAGGGAACGCAGGCAGACAAAUGCGAACAGCAAUAACAGCAACAGCAACAGCAAGGACAACAAUGGUGUAGGCCUCAGUCUCCGGGAGCCACAAAGCACCAAUGGAGAUCGCAUUACAGGACAUCCAUUAUCACACCCACCAUCACUGAAGCCUCGGCCGACGGACAACCGCGAGGCGUACUUUAGUCGCUUGGAAUUAUCUCCUCCAACAUCGCCCCUAUCUGGACCCCAAGGUUUUUUGAGAGAUCCACAUGGACAGGCACGGUUCGGUGUUAUAAACACAGACAAAUCGGAAUGGGUCGACGACAACGAUGGACAUGAUGGUUUUGACGCUCUUAACCUUUCUCAACGACCUCCGAUAUCGGCUCGGAUACCACACCUGAGCAACAGGACUACGGCGAUGUCAGAGCCAUACCAGAGUUGGCCAUUAAGUGACAGCGUCGACAUCGACAUCAACAAAUCCAUUCCACAACAACAGCAACAACAGCAACAGCAACUACAGAAUUCUCGUAAUCCACAGACACCAGGAUCGGACGAACAUUAUCAUGGGCGGACUACAACACAGCUCACCGGACCACGUGGCCCACAAUGGCGCUCUCAAACCAAUGGCUCUGCUCAGGAUGUGAGUGCUCGGACUCAGUUUGUGGACAGGAACCAGUACCUCGAUCGGAGUCAGGAACUUGCGAGGAUGAUGGACGCUAUUCAUGCUGAGCAGGAGGAACUGGAGAGGAGUCGGUUAGAACAUGAGGCACUGAUGAAGGACUAUCAGGAUCCUCGCUCCUCACCAGGUCCAUGA